GCUAUCAUUAUUAGCAGUUUGUUUGAGUACUUCGACGAUGGUGCAAGUGCGAGUACGGGACGGUGUGCUGGAAGGACAAGUUUUGGAUAAUGUACUCGGAGGACAGUACUAUAGUUUUAAAGGGAUUCCUUAUGCUGCGCCUCCAUUGGGAGACCUGAGAUUUAAGGCACCGCAACCGGUCAUUCCUUGGAAUGGAGUCCGCAGCGCUAUAGCCCACGGGCCGAUCUGCCAUCAGUUCGAUAUGUUCACUGGAAAACUCUGCACAGAGCCAAGCAGCGAAGACUGUCUCUAUCUAAAUGUAUACUCACCUGAUCUCCAGCCUAAAAAACCUCUGCCUGUUAUGUUUUGGAUUCAUGGCGGCGGUUUCUUAAGCGGCAGCGGAAACACAAGCUACUAUGGACCCGAUUUCCUUGUCAACCAAAAUGUUGUCCUUAUAACUAUUAAUUACAGACUAGCUGUAGUAGGAUUCUUGUGCCUGCAUACAAAAGAAGUGCCAGGAAAUGCUGGUAUGAAAGACCAAGUAGCCGCUCUUAGGUGGGUGAAAAACAACAUAAGAAACUUUGGUGGAGAUCCUGAUAAUGUCACCAUUUUUGGAGAGAGCGCCGGCGCAGGGUCGGUCACCUACCACCUGGUGUCACCAAUGUCCAAAGGUCUGUUCAAGCGUGCUAUUGCACAGAGCGGCACGAAUUUGAGUCAUUGGGCUCGAGCGUUUGAGCCCCGAUUAAGGGCUGAGGCCAUUGCUCGUUCACUCGGUAAAAACACCAAGGACGACAAGGAGCUCUACGAAUUUUUUAAAUCACUGCCAAUCGAAAAGUUAACAAAUCCCUUUGCGCCUCUCACGGUCGAGGAAGAAGCGGGGUUACGUAUCAAUAUAACUUUAGCUGUAGCUGAUGAAAAGGAGUUUGAUGGAGUUGAAAGAUUUUUCUACGGCGAUGUUUACGAACGGCUACACAACGGUAUACAUGAAGGAGUGGAACUCAUGAUGGGCUAUACGACUGACGAAGGCAUUAUUCAAUUUGCGUUUUCGCCGAAAGAUAAUUUCUUUGACAAAUAUAACAAAUACGUACAGUGUUUCGUCCCCGUCGAAUUAUCGCUGAAAUGUUCAGCGAAAGAUCAACUAGCUAUCGGUCAAAAAGUAAAGAAGCAUUACUUCGGCGAUAAACCGGUCUCAAAAGACAAUGUCGACGCCCUAAUAAAAUACUUGUCAAUGCAGAUGAUUGACUAUAAUGCUAUUGAAUAUGCCAAAUUCUUCGUUCAGAUGGAUAAGAACAAGUUAUUUUUCUACCAAUUUGACAUGUAUUCAGAAAGAAACAUUUGGACUGAAGAAUUUGGAGGAGGGUCAUAUAUCAACGGAAAGAGUGUUUGCCACUGCGAUGAUUUAACAUAUUUAUUCAGCACUGAGAAAGUAAUAGCAGAUCUAACUACUAAGAGUACUAAACUUAUUAAAAAUAUGACAAAAUUGUGGACUGACUUUGCUAAAUCCGGUGACCCUACUCCGGACAGCAGCUUGGGGGUCAAAUGGCCCGCGUUUGACCCUAAGAAGGAGCAGUACCUGAUCAUCGGUAACGACCUCGUCGUGGCGUCACACCCAAAUAAAGAAGACUUCGAAUUCUGGGAGAAACUACAUCAACAAUAUGUGAAACAUUAGACUGCCGUGAUACCUCAUAAUGUCCAAAAUAUUUUUUAAAGCAUGACCUACUGUACUUUUCUUUCACCAUUCAAUUGUCACUUAUAGAGUUAUAGAUUAGCGCAUUAUCGAAUUAGCAUUCCUGGCCGCGUAGCCAACGUGCCAAUCGUUAACGCUCCGUAGCGUAUCGUAGUCAUCUCUCUCUAUUACUCUUCCAUAUUAGUGUGACACUGACAGUUGCGUUUCGUUAGCUAAUAGCUAUGGAUCGUUAACGAUAAUCACGUCGUUGGCUACGCACCUUGUUCCGCUGAGCAAAAUAUUUGCCGGCCCUCCACUAAUCACAAGAAUUCGUUUAAGCCGCUUUUAUAGCUCCUUAUCUAGGCUUAUAACGAGAUUGAUGUAAAAUGUUCAAAUUUUGAGAGGUACAAUAUUUAAUACUUAUACAUUUCUAUAUUUAGCAUUAACACUUGACGCAGAAACCUAAUUGUUUAAUGCCAAAAAACAGAAUAACUAUUAAACGCACAUGUAUACUUACACGAUCGUGAUGUUAAAAUAUUUCACGAUUAUAAAUGACGACUUGUCUGUCCUAAUAGUGGGUAUAGUGACCCUGUCUAUGAAGCCGAUGGUUUCGAGUUCGAAAAAGAAGAAGAAGAUAUGAAUAUCGUCGCCUAGUACCCAUUGUACAAGCUUUGCUUAGUUUGGGGCUAGGUGGAUCUGUGUAGAGAUUGUUCCCGAAUAUUUAUUUAUUAUGUAUAUUAUUUGUAUUGUAGGAUGUUUGUUUAAGAAUGCCCUAUAUUUUAUUUACUUUUUAUUUAUUUAUGGCUGAGUCAAAUAGAACCGCGUGGAUACCAAUAAAAGAAAUAACCUUUGUCUCAUCUGUA